AUGGCUUCCGGAUUUACACCAUCAGAUAAAUUAACUCAUACAAAACGAGCUCUUCUAAUUGGCAACAAUAAAUACAAGAAAAAUAGUGAACUUCGCUAUUGUACUAAUGAUGCUGAAGAUCUUGCUAACACGUUACGUAAAAUUGACUUUGAAAUCACAGUUGGUACUGAUUUGACAUAUGAACAGAUGGAUAGAAUGAUCGAAAUGUUUAAAGAAAAGAUAAAUCCAGAUGAUCUUGUUCUUUUCUUUUUUGCGGGUCAUGGAUGUCAAUGGAGUCAUCGAAAUUUUCUCAUCCCCAUUGAUGAUGACGAUGAAAUCAAAAUAAAUACUUAUCUAGAAUAUCGAGCAGUAAAUGCUCAAGCUACGCUUGAAAAUAUUAUGAGUCGUCGUCCAUCAGCAGCUAUAUUUCUUCUUGAUUGUUGUCGACAUAGUUUUGUAUGGAAAUCAUCAAAUUCGAAUGGUCUUUCAAGUAUGAAAGCGAUUGCUGAUUCAUUUAUUGGUUUUGCAUGUGAUGCAAAUAAAGUUGCAUUAGAUAUAUCAACAAAUGGUCGAAAUGGUUUAUUCACAUCUCACCUUCUUCAACAUAUUGAUCAACCAAAUUUAACUAUUGAUGAAAUAAUGAAUGAUGUUUGCGAUAGUGUAAUGAGAGAAACAGAUGAUGAUCAAUGUCCAUUUCGAGUAUCUUCGCUUCAACGGAAAGUUUAUUUAAACCAACAAUUUACAGCUGAACAAUCAUCUCUUGUCAAUCAUAUUAACAUCAACACCAAAUGGAAACAACAUGGAAUUACUAUUGCUGGAAGAAAAGGAGAAGGCAAUCAAUUAAAUGAACUCUCUGAUCCUUAUGGUAUCUAUGUUGAUGAUGAUCAUCAAACUAUUUAUAUUGCUGAUCGUAUGAAUCAUCGUAUUGUUGCAUGGAAAUAUAGAGAAAAGAAAGGUCAAGUUGUUGCAGGCGGAAAUGGAAAUGGAGAUCGAAGUAAUCAAUUGAAUUGUCCAACAGAUGUGAUUGUUGAUAAAAAGAAUGAUUGUCUCAUCAUUUGUGAUGCUGGAAAUAGACGAGUGGUACAAUGGUCUCGUCAAAAUGGUAGAAAUGGAGAAACAAUCAUUUCUAAUAUUUGUUGCUAUGGCCUAACAAUGGAUAAGGAUGGAGAUCUUUAUGUCUCUGACCACGAGAUAAAUGAAGUGAGACGAUGGAAACAAGGAGAGAGAAAUGGAACAAUAAUAGCAGGUGGAAAUGGACAAGGAGAUCAUCUUGAUCAACUUCAUCGUCCUACUCAUCUCUUCGUUGAUGAAGAUCAUUCAAUUUACGUGUCGGAUCAUUACAAUCAUCGUGUGAUGAAAUGGAUGAAAGGUGCAAAAGAAGGUAUUGUUAUUGCUGGUGGAAAAGAUCGAGGGAAUAGUCUGGCACAACUGUCUAGUCCUGAAGGAGUAACUGUCGAUCAUUUAGGUAAUGUUUAUGUGGCUGACUGCGGGAAUGAUCGAAUAAUGCGUUGGUGUGAAGGAUCUUGCGAAGGUAGUAUUGUUGUUGGCGGGAAUAGAAAAGGAAAACAAUCAAAUCAGCUGAAUUAUCCUAGAAGUUUAUCAUUCGAUGUUCAAGGUAGUCUCUAUGUUGUUGAUGGAGGUAAUCAUCGAAUGCAAAAGUUUAAUAUUGAUUUAAAAUUCAAUUUAAAUGAAGAUCUUGGUAAACUCACAAUACAAAUGAGUGAUUAUGAUAUGAGCACACGAUACCAUCAAAAAUCAUCCUUAUCCCAAGAGCAAAAUCAGCUAACUACCGAUUCCAAGAUUGAUGAAGCAAACAAUUCGACUGCCGAGAAAUCAUCAACAUAUAAACGUCAGUAUAAUAAUCAACCGAUAGUUUAUAUAGUCGAUCUUGAACUGCCAUCCAUUGAUUUGGAUUUGGCCAUCGCACGAUUGGAGAAAUCUAACAUUAAUAGUCAACUUGCCGAUGUUAUACGUGAAUUGAAUUCGGCCAUUCCUUUUUACAUACUUGCUUCUAUCCCACCAUCUGACGAAAUCAUGUCACAUGCACAACUUCUGCGUUACUAUCAUCUUCAGACUUCCCCUAAUGAACGAGUUCAAAAAGAUUUAAACGUUGAUAAACGCGUCGCCAGCAUCGAUUCGAUUGAUCACUUCGCUAGCAAACUUUAUAAAGAUUUGGGACAAUAUUAUCGAGAUGAAGCCAAAAAAGCCCUCUUUGAUCAUCAAAAUCGAGAUGAGGCUAAACAGCUCCUGAUAAAAUCGAAAAAAUGUUUUGAAAUAUUAGGAGAUUAUAUUGAGAAAACAUUGAAACACUACAAAAAUUUAGCAAAGACAUAA